AUGAGGAGCUUUUCCGAGAUACUCGAGCAAACCAUACACGAGUGGCCGAAUGUGCCGGACGAGACGUACUGGGCCUUGGUGUCCCUGCCCUUCCUGACCCUAGUGGUAUGCUGCGUCUGGCUGCGAGUGGUGUGGCCUUGCCCGACUCACGACAAUAACCUGAAGGACUUCACCCCUGCGACGCUGCUCGGCGACACCGGCGGCGGCGGCAGCGUCACCGAGAGGAGCGCGCUGCAAGACGCCUCCAAUGGGUGA